UUGGGGUUAAGGGCAGGAAAUAGAAACCUAGGGGGCUACCAGGUACAGUUAGGCAGGUUGUGUACUGCAUAAGGAUGCCCCUUUAAGGGAAGUCUCAUUCUGUCUGAAUGUUAUUCCCACCAGGGUUCCAAGCCCACUCUUGUUUCUGUGUUACUCUAUGUUGUCCUCCCGCUCCCCCUUAGUCUUUGUGACCGAGGAUUGUCUGUUAGAAUUGAUGGAGGGACGGGGAUACGGCUCAUUGCACUUCACCUGCCUGGAGGGAAUGAAGGUAUACAGCACCUGGUGCAGCCUUUCUCCUGUGGUGGGAGAGUGAGAAGAAAGGCAUUGCCGCCUUCACUAACCAGCGCGGUGUUACUGCAGGUUACGGAGAGAUGAGCGGAGGCGUCUCACCCGCUGCGCUGUGGUGCGUGGGUACCAUGGUCUGCCAAUCCUGGUUUCCACUCUGGAACUCCAUUAUCCCAUGGGCAAUUCACCUCUCCCACCUUCAUUUUCUUCCUUGGUAGAGGAAUGUCUCAGAGGCUGAGGCAGGAUGAUUAGCAUGAGUUUUAGGGUAGCCUACACUACAGAGUCAUACCCUGACUCAAAGAAAGAAAAACGAGGAAUGUCUCUCUUCAUACCAUAAGAUUGGUAUUGAUUGUCCCUGGCACACAAAUGCCACCAGGUGCUUGGAGGCACUUAAUAAACUUGAGGGAUAGGGUACGUAAUGGUAAAUAAAAUAGCCAAGCUGAUUUCAAAUGCUGUGUUCUAAGAAUGAAACUACUGUGUGGGCCGGGGAUUUAGCUCAGUGGCACAGCCUUUGCCUGUCAAAGCAUGAGUUCCUGAGUUUGAGUCCUUGUACCAAAAAACCCAUUGUGAAAUGGUAGGUCCAGGAAGAGUCAUGGGUAUUGAAGAAGAGCUCAGCUCUUGCAGUAUCAGUCAGGGCUCACUAGAGUAAUUUUAUAUACAUACUUAUUUAUAUACAUACCUACAUACAUACAUGUAUGUGUAAUAUGAUUACAAGGUAAAGCCAGGGAUUUAGCUCAGCAGCAUAAGCACUUGCCUGGCAAGCGUGAGGUCAUGAGCUCGAUCCCUGGUACCAAAAAAAAAAAAAAGCCAAGGUAAGUGUACAGUGGCCGCCUGCAGAGUCAGGUGUUGUGAAGUGCAUGAGGGCUGGCUCUGCUGAUUGCCAAAUGAUCCAAUUGCAAAGGUGGAAGCCUGGAACUGUCUCUGGAUCCCGUUGGAAGCUGAAGGUUCUGAGCUGGAAGCCUGGAGACAGGAAGCCCAAAGCCAUGAGGAAGAUGACCUCUGAAGAAACAAGAGAGACUGACUUCUCCCCUUUAUUUCCAUUCAGGUUAUAAGCCUAUUGGUUGGUGUCAUUCACACCCAGAGGUGGCUCUUCUGUCUUCUGUGAUUCCGUUUGGCCACACCUGGAACUAGGCUGAUCCAAUCAGUUGGGUGUUUAUUGCUUAUCGACACAGUACUUAAGUGUCAGAAGGUGCGGGUGAGGAGAGCUCAUGCUGUAAUGAGUGCUGGGAUCAUAGCCAUGGCUCUAGCUGGCUCUUUGGCCCUGACACUAAGCCUGUGUGUGUCCACCCUCCGCAGCCGAGAGAGGUCAAGGUUCUUAGGAGGGAUGGUGCUGUGGAAAACAGCCCUCUGCCGUGUGAGUCUCCAUCUGAAGCAAGUUUGCAGGUGAGGCACGAGUUCAGACUUCAUAUCCUUCAUACUGACUUUGGCUAGUGACUGAACGCUGAGCCUCUUGUUCGUUCUUUCUUCCUCCUCUCCCCUCCCCUUUUUGUAAGUCAUUAUCUCACUAUGUAGUACAGGCUGGCCUCAGACUCAUUGUUCAAGCUUGGCAUGGUGGCACAUGCCUGUAAUCCCAGGAGGAUCACUGCAAGUUCGAGACCAACCUGGGCUACAUAGGGCUCACUAUGAACUGCGUAGUGAGACCCUGCUUUAAGAAAAGGAAAACAAAAAACUACACUAUGUAAUAAGGAAAGCUGAGGCAGGUGCAUCACCACAAGUUUUAGUCCAGCCUGGGCUACAUAACCAGACACUAUCUGAAAAACAAACGAAAAACACUAGCCCAGGCUGGCCUUGAACUUGUGGCGUUUCGCCUGCCUCAGCCUCCUGAGCACUGGGAUUACAGGUUUGUGCAGUCAUGCCUGGGUGAGCCUGAGUUCUCUCAGCAAGAUAUGGAAGCUGAAGUGACAGCAUUGCAGUGUGGUUAGGAAAUACAGAGCUGAAGUGAUCCCCAAAAGUCCUGAAGUUUGUGAGCAUCUGGUGGAAGUGCAAAGUCCUGAGCUCAAUGUUUGAGAACUAGGUAAAAGAGCAGACUCCAGGGAUCUCACUCACUUCAUGUAAAGUACGGUUGUGUUUUGUGGUAGCCCUGCUCAUGUGGCUGCUGUACAGUGGGAGAGGGGAUACAGGGUAGGUUUUGGAAGCAGGCCAUCUGGUGCCUGUUUGACAUUUGGUUGUGGCAGACAGCCUCUAAGGUGGCUUCUAAAGAUCACCCUCUGGUGUUCAGUCUUAAUAAAAUCUUGGAGUGUGAUCUGGACCUAGCGUCCCAGUUCAGGUCUAUAUAGCAGUCUUCUCUUUUCUGCAGGGAAUAUGUUCCAGAGCCCUAAGUGCAUGUCUGAAGCCACAGAUAGUACUCGGAUAAAUGCCUUUUCCAUUUUAACUAGGCAUUUGUCACAUGCUAAGGCUGGAACUUUUGCAGUUUAGAGGCGUGACAGCAAAAUUAGAACAAUUUUUUUUUUUUUACAAUUUCACAGAUACAAGAUUCACUUCUAUAGAGCUUAGCAACCUCAGCCUGUGAUUGUUUUCUGUCCUUAGUAAGUUGCAAACUCAAUUUUUCAUUUAAAGAGUGGAUUUUACAACUUCCUUCAGCAUAUAGGAACUGGCAGCAUCACCGCACUUAAUGGUUUGGGGUCCUUUAAAUAAGGAUGAUCUGAACACAGCUUGGGGGUUUUGUCAUAGUCAGUCUGAUGAGAUGGCUACUUAAUGUGCAGGUGGUGUAUACAGCAUGUGUAUGAUGGACAAAAGGCUAAUAAUUUACUUAGGCCAGACUGCAGUGAGAUGGAGCAAGAUUUCAUCACAGUAUUCUGGAAUAGCAUGCCAGUUAGAAAAUAAGUCAUUUAUUUCAGGAAUUUUCAUUUAUAUUUUCAGACCAUGGGUAAGGUCAUGAAGUGAAACCAUGGAUAGGGAAUUACUGUGCAGCAAAAAUAAAGGGGAGUGGGCUGGAGAUUUAGCUCAGCGGUAUAAGCUCAGGUCGCGAGUUCGAUCCCUGGUACCGGGGGGGGAAAAAAUGAAGGGGAUUCUCUUCCAUGACAGCAUUACAAAGAUGGGUUAUUUCUUGCUUUGGUGAAGCCAGCUGCCUGGUAGUGGCUGUCUGUGGAGAUAAGGUGGGACAAGGAGCUGGGAAGGGUCCUGCUCACAGGCAGGGAGGACAGGCUUGUGUGCUGAGUAGCUGAGCUGAGUGCUUCAGUGGCAGCCUGUGCCUUUGGAAGCAGAGUCUCCCUCGUCCGGCCUCAACUGAGACUGCAACCCUGGCUGACGUGUUGGUCGAACUCUGGCAGGAGACCUUGAGCCAAAGGCACUCAGCCAAGCGGGAUCCAGAUUUCUGACCCACAUGAAUGCUGGUAAUUAAUUGGUUUUAAGCUAUGUUUUGGAAUAAUUAUACAGAGACAGGUAAGUUGGACUUUGGGGAAUGAGGUCAUUUCUGUAACACGACUUCAUUAAUGGUAGGGGCCACAGUCACAUUGAGUGUGACACAUUAGUGUCUCGAUCUUUUUCUUUUUCUUUUUUUUUUUUUUUGAGACAGACUCUCACUGGGUAGUUCAAGAUGGUUUUUGUUUGACUGAUUGAUUGUUCAUUUGUUUUUUGAGGCAAGGUCUCACUGUGUAGUCCAGGCUGGCCUUGGACUCUCCUAUGUAGUUACCACUGGGCCUCAAACUUGCUGUGAUUCUCCUGUCUCGGCCUCCCAAGUGCUGGGAUCGCAGAUGUACGCCACCAUGCCUAGCUAAUUAAGUUUUUAAAAGUAAUCCUUUUUUUUUUUUUUUUUUUUUUUUUGCACUAGGAAUUAAACUCAUGACCUUGGGCUUACCAGGCAGGCACUUGUGCUACUAAGUUAUAUCCCCAGGCCUAACAUAAUCGUUUUUUAAAAUGUUUAAAAUGGAAAGUCAAGCAUUUAUGAAUAAAGACACCAGCACACUGACCUCUUACAUUCCUCUUCCAACUUACUGCCUUGUGGCCAGAGUUUUUCAAGCAUUUAUGCUUCACUUCUCAAAGUUUUCAAAUUAUUUUGAAGCAAAUGCAGACAUUCAUAACAACCCUAUUUUCCUAAAGACCACAAUGCCAUAACAUGUCUAAAGUAGCACGGUUAAUCCAAAAAUGGGUAUCUGAGAUGAAUAAACACUUCUCAGAUGAUGAAAUGCAAACAGCAAAUAUGUGAAAAAAAUGUUUAGCAUCACUGGUCAUUCAAAAAAUACAAAUUAAAACAACACAGAUUCUACUUCACCCCAGAAAGAAUGGCUAAUACCAAGAAAUCAACCAAUAACAAAUGCUAGUGGGGCUAUGGGACUGUGGGGAAAAAGAAACCCUUUCCCACUGUUGAUGGGAUGUUGAUGGGAUGUAGACUGGUAUAAUGUAAGUCAGUAAGGAGAUUCCUCAAAAAAUAGGAUUAGAGAUCCCAUUUGACCAAGGUACUGCCUUUCUGUGUAUCUUCCUAGAAGAAUAAAAACAGCUGGCCGUGGUGGGAUACUCCUGUAAUCCCAGCACUCAGGAGGCUGAGGCAGGAGGAUUGUUGCAAGUCGGAGACCAGUCUGGGCUACAAAGUGAGCCAGAGCCCAGCCUGAACCACAUGGUGAGACCCUGUCUCAAAAAAGAAAAGGAAGAAAAAUAUACUACAGAGACUGGGGAUUUAGCUCAAGAGCGUCCUAGUGGGGCAGGUCGCCUCAUGCCCAAGCUGGCUGACCGGAAGCUGUGUGCUGAUGAGGAGUGCAGUCACCCCAUUUCCAUGGCUGUGGCCCUUCAAGACUAUGUGGCUCCCGACUGCCGUUUCCUGACCAUACAAAGGGGCCAAACUGUAUAUGUCUUCUCCAAGCUGAAGGGGCGAGGGCGGCUCUUCUGGGGAGGCAGUGUUCAGGGUGAUUACUAUGGAGACCUGGCUGCUCGCCUGGGCUUUUUCCCUAGUAGCAUUGUCCGUGAAGGACAGACUUUGAAACCUGGGAAAGUUGAUGUGAAGACAGAUAAAUGGGAUUUCUACUGCCAGUGAGUUCAGCCUACCACUCUCCCUACUGGUUCCCUUCUGCUUUUACACAAAUACACCAGUUGUGACAAA